AUGAUGAUCACAAUGAAGAUGUGCGUUCUGAUAUUGACAGUCAUCACGGUACUCUGUAUGGCAUCAUUAACUGCUGCAGUAAUAUGGUAUCUACUUAAAAACAGAUUGCUACGUGAUGGACGUUCAUCGUCACCAAUUGACUCAAUUUUGACCAAUUCAACAAUAUUCAACAGUAAAACGCCACCACCACCACCACCGUUGACACCAUCGGCCACACAACAGCAAUAA